GAUGCGCGUUAAUUCUGCAUUUUUGGUGUCGUGGAUUAUCUCAGGCAGUCGACAGCUUUCUGGUAACGUUACUCAUACCGUUGGCUGGUCAUCGACGUUUUCGCGUUCCUACCAUACCUUUUAGUGAGCGCGUGGGUUUGCUGUGUUUGGUCGUUAACGACGCUCUCAGUUCUCCGAUUUGCGUUGAUGUGCAAGUUUUGCGAGCUGUUACUGGGUUUUAUAAUGUUGCCGUUGAUUUUGAAUCGUUCGACCAACACUAA